CACACACACACACACACACACAGAAGAGGUGGCCGCGGCGCUGAAAAGACUCCUGGGACUUCAGGUCCUGUCUGACAUGACGGGGAAUUAGAGAAGCGAGGACCAUUUGAGCGUCCGGGAGGAAACGGCUCCUGAUCUGGAUUAUUACCGCGACUAAAACCCGGAGGACAGAAAAGAAAACACUUUAAACAAAUAUCCGUGUAGUAAGUGUCUGUGGUGAGUUAGUGCGACUUUAUAUCAUUUACAUUAGAUCUUUAAAGUGUCACAGCAGUUGCAGUUUUGCUGUACGUGCUGUGUUUGUAGUGUUGGUUGGACCUCAUGGUAGAUUAUUGAUCUGUUGUCGAUCACCGGCCCGAAGGAUCUGAUCCAGCGUCUGUUUUCCUCUAAAUGGCAGUUUCUUCUUCUUUGUCGUUGGGCCACAAUGUUUCUGCAGCAGCUGAGCAGUAGUUUGGCAGCGGAGGGUUGUUUAUCCUUUCAUAACCCAUCAGAGGAUUGUUAGGGGUGUUUACUGUGAGGGGUUUUUUAUUUUAUUUUUUUUUAUAAGAGUUGCCAAAUUAAUCCCAGAAUUAUUGCUGACUACACGAGCACCAUGAUCAGCUCGGAGGGCCUGCGGCCGAGCACGAACGGCAGGAAGCCGCUGGGCAAGCUCGCCUCCCGGCUGGAGGAGGUGAAGUCCCCGUGGCGGCAGGUCUCCUCGCUGGAGCUGAGCCACAACGAGGCGGCCCGGCUGGCGACGGACGCGCUGCUGGAGCAGGGGGAGAAGGAGUACCGCAGGGUGCUGGCCGAGGAGCGGGAGCUCAACUUCCUCUCCCCGCUGGAGAUUCGCUACAUCACCCAGCAUGUGGCCAAAACCGGCGGCUGCGAGAGCAACGGCACCGGCCCCAACGACCGGGACUUCGGGGACGGAGACGCCGUGUCCGAGCUCACCUCCGGGACUUACUUCCCUAUGAUGUCCGACGAGGAGCCGCCGAUGCUGGAGCUCGGCUGGCCGGACUCCCCGGCGAGAUACGGACCGUCGGAGACGCAGAUCUACUUCCAGAGGGACAAGUCUCAUAACGUCAAAGACCUCAUCAGGUCCCUGAUCAACAAGGCUAAAAAGGUGAUCGCGCUGGUGAUGGACGUGUUCACAGAUGUGGACCUGAUGUGCGAUCUGAUGGAGGCGUCCAACAAGCGCAAGGUCCCCGUCUACAUCCUGCUGGACGAGAAGCAGCUCAGCUACUUCACGGACAUGUGCUCCGCGCUCGACAUCCAGAACUCGCACCUGAGUAACAUGCGCAUUCGCACCGUGUGUGGCGACACGUACUGCACCAAGAGCGGCAAGAAAUUCACCGGACAGGUCCUGGAGAAGUUCAUGAUCAUCGACUGUGAAGAGGUCAUCGCGGGGUCGUACAGUUUCACCUGGCUGUCGGCUCAGGUGCACAGCAACAUGGUGAUGCAUUUCUCAGGGCGCAUCGCCGACAGCUUCGACCGGGAGUUUCGCUGUCUGUACGCCGACUCGCAGAUCAUCGACUGCUUCUACAACCCCGAGGAGGAGGGGAUGCCCUACUUCCCGUCCUACCAGUCUCUGAUGGCCCCCGGCUUGGGCAUGGGGCUGGGCAUGGGGCUGGGCAUGGGGCUGGGUGUGGGGCUCAGCCCGGGCAUGGGGCUGGAUUUAAUCUCUGACAGACAGAGGGACAAAGUGUGCUCUGAACACUCCAGCAGCCAAUCGAGUAACAGCGUCUCCAGUGUGAAGGCGGCGCCCGGGAUGACCCCUAACACCGUCUACAAGGUCACUCAAGGUCACGACAAGAAGGAGCCCAACAACAACGCUCACCUCAGCCCUGAGAGGCGAGGCGGCGCUGGAGAACCAGCAGGAGGACACACCCCGACACCGGGGCCGCGGGUUUCCGCUAACGGAGGAACCAACCACAUCACGAUUCCUGAUCGACCCCCGCCGGCGUACGGCCAGCCGAUGGGCAUCGAGUGGAACAAGCCCAACCCGCCGGACAUCAUGAGGUCGAAUAUCGGUGGCGCCUCCUCGAAGUUCCAGGCGCUGGGGUUGUACGACCACAAACCGGGCAUGUUCCACAGCACCCCCAACUCAAACCUGAACCCAAAGACCCAGACACCCUCCCCGGUCAAUGACAGCAAACCCACCCCCAAGCAGCGGACGGCCUCCAACCAGUUCCUCAACAAACUGUCAGACCGCUUCCUGCCCAACUCCAGCAAAGACAAAGACGCCUACAGAAGUGGGGCGCUGAGGUCGCCGUCGCCUCACGGCUCCUCGCUCUGGGGGGGGCCGGACCUCUCUCAGGGCGAGCCGGAGAGCCAGCAGAGCCCGCCUCCCCCGCCCUCCCCGGGCGUGUUGAUGAGCCGGCAGGACCAGAAGAGAAUGACGCUGGGCCACAGCAAGCUGGACCUGGUCAACCAAUACAACAAGAUGAAAUCCAGGCAGGUGUACAGCCGCUUCGAGCUCAAGAGCACCAACUAAAGCGACUUCCUCUUCCUUCACCUUCCCCCGGUGUCUCUUCUUACAUCACUACGCGGACGCUUCGACAGCCGCCCCCGCUGAUGAAUCAGUCCCUCGUCCUCUUCCACAGCUCUGACGAAACCAAGCCAUCGCAGCCGUGUCGGCUCACAGGCUGCUGCACUGUCUCUGCAGAGUCCCAGCAGACUGGAGACUCAUCGUGACUAAAACAAUUAAAUCAACCUGCUUUCAACUGUUUCUACCUAAAUCAUCAUGUUUUUAAUAAUUAAAACAAGGUUGUAGCUGCAAGUAGAUUCACGUAAACCGGUUCUGACAUCAUUGAUCGUAUUUCUAGAUAACAAACACAGCUCCACCCUCCAUUCUGAAGUUGUAACCCUUAAGAUUUCAGUCCUGGCUGAUGUGCCAACACCUGUGGUUACCAUGGAUACCUAUGGUUUCAUUUACAUUCGCUCAUUUGGCAGAUGCUUUUUAUUCAAAGCGACUUACAAGUGAGGGACAUCACUAACGCUUCAGAGCGGCAGGAGACCUCGUGUAGGGACUAACUGCUCAAUAAGUGAAGGAGAUCAGGUGAAGAAGUGCAGAGUCAGAGUCAGUCAGACAUGUGACGGUGUUACAGGUGUAGAAGAAGGAGAGGGACGCCACAGCUCUGAUAGGAGUCGGUAACAGUUUAUCAGCAGGUGUCGGUUUAAUACUGCAGCAGCUGCUGUAUCUGAUCACAGAGCAGCCAGACAAACCUCUUGUCGGUUUCAUAAAGAAGUCGGGCGAUAAUAAUCAUCAGCCGGUGGUUUCCCGCACAACAGCUGGACAGGUGGUUCUGUCGCUGAGGAGUUGGAGGCGUGCAGCUCCUCCGAAGACUGGGUUCAUGAAACUCUUUAGGAUUUUAACUUUUUAAAACAUUUUUGGCUUCAAGAUGAAAAUUAAACCAGAUGAUUUUGCCUUUUUACAAACCAAAAUUUAUACUUAAAUACAGACAAUCCAAAACAAAGCUGUAACUUAUUUCAAAAAUAUUCUUAACGUCAAAAUCAGCUUUGAUUUUCUUGUAUUAUUUGAUACAAACAUACAAAAAGAAAAAAGAGAGACACAGAACAGAGUAUCAGGAAUCAGUUUGUGUAGAGACACUGUGAUUUAAUGAAACCCUGAAAGUCAUAAAAACCUCCUCAUCCCUUUUCUCUUUUCUCUUUCCUUCAGUUCUAAUUUUAUUUUCUUACUUGUUCCUGAAACACUCCUGUAUUAUAACAUUUAACAACACGUGCCUUGAUUCGUUCCGCCUUAAAGGUUUACAAUCACAUUUUCUCCAGUGGCUAAACAAAUAAGUGUUAAUUAAGGUACACACGCCUUUGUUCGUUAAAGGGAAAUAGAAAAACAAAACAAACCUUGAUGUAAAUAGAAGCAGCGCGGCAGUUUUCCUGACGUCAGGUGUAAAUGUAGAAACUGAAGGGCUCUGGUCAGUUUGAGAAACAAUCUGCAUGUGCGUCCUACAGGACUGUUAACGGACACAUAUUGUUUUUUACUAUAAACAGCAUUGUUUUUUUUCCACAUAUGUAGAUUUGUACAUAAGCUGUUAACACAAUUACACACAAUUAAUAAUAAUUGUAUUAUUUACAUGUGUUUUCUUGUAGUUUUUUUUUGUGCCGAUGUACUCGGGGCUUUUCCAGAUACUUCCUCCUCAGCGUGGGGCAGCGGCUCAGACAGCUGACUCUUGCUGUCGUCACCGAAGCAAUACCGAUCGACAGUGAUCGAUUAUUUUGGUAUAUGUGUUCUCAUGUUGUGUUUUUGUUUACUGCUCGUUUCAGUCGGUAGUGAUGUUGUUUUUUGUUGUUGUCAUUACUACCAAGCUGAAUCAGCCAGACACUUCACAGACAUUGAUUAAUUAAUGCCUCACAUUCGUCUUACUGUCCUCUGUACUUUAUUAUAUUGUAUAUAGCACAUGAACUGACCGUCAGGAAUUUGGGUUAUUGUUAAAAAACAAACAAACAAAACAAACAGUUCUUUUAAACUGAUUUUGUUAAUGUAAUUUUAUUUUUACAAUAUGUUAUUUACUGGAGAAUGUGAACUUUCUGUGCUGAUGUUGGUCUUAAUUUGUAAGAUGAACAUUUAAGGUUUUAAUAAAAAUGAAACAGUUGAGA